CAGGAAUGCAGAGAAAUACAAACCUUCCACUGGUCUGACAAGCGCCCGGUGAAUUGAUUUAUAUCCUAAAGGACCUUGAAGCCUAAUAAUUCAUAUAAGCGACGAAUAGUCUUUCACUUAGAAAAGGUGAGUUGAACGAGAAUGUUGAUGUCUUAGAAUAUUUGCAGGUUCCGAUCAUAAGCUAUCAUAGGAUGGUGUAGUUUCUCCUAAGUAAAGAGGUAUAAUGAUAAUAAAGGCUGAUAAAAGCAACUCAAAAUACUUCUCAGUUUAUCAAUCAUUUGUAAACCUUUAAAUAGCUACUGUUGGCCAGUACCCUAGCACAUGAAAUCUCCACGUUGUUUUGUGCUUUAUCAAAUAUCCAGAUAAGUGAUUAAUUCGUGUUUGGAGAAGUUCGUUUCUCAGUCGUUCUCAUUGGCCUCUUCUUCUGGUCCUUCAUGAGCCUAAACGACCUUUUGUCGAAACUGUUUAUUUUACUUCAUUUAUAAUCCCUGUUGACGAGAAUGUAUAGGUAGUUUCUCUCGGUGUUACACCACCAGUUUCGCAAAUGCAAAUUGCAUGGCAGCAGCUAGCAGUAGUCGGACACGCUUUAUAGUUGCAUUUCUCUUGUAUGUAUGUGGUUCCUAACUUUGACGUCUUGUGUUGAGAAUUCAGAAAACUUGAGAGGUUUGUGAAUUUAAUUGUCUCUCAUUAAAGCGGAUUUUGAAAAGAACUGAGUAUCAGCAAAAGAAAUCGAAACUGAAGAGGAAAGUUGAAAAAUUUGCAUCUGAUCCAAAGUGAAAGGGGAAGUUUGGUUUAAUUUGUAAUGCAAUCGUAGCAUCGAAGAUUAGCAGUACAAACACCCUUGAUUGAAUCUUGUCAACAUAUUUUAUUUGGGAAAAAACAUCUUCUUUUUCCUACCCGCCUUGUAUGGUCAAAGUGCUUGCUUCUGUUUUGUUUUGUUUUGUUUUUUUUCGUUGGACUUCUUAGUUGGUUGAACCAAAUUGGUCUGAAAGGGAAAAUAAAAGUCAUUCUACAAAUUGACAUUAUUAAAUUGCUCUAAACGGUGUUAAUGGACCUUCCGACUCCUUUUGGCAAAGUAGGCAAGAUAGGGAGCUGUCAGACAUCACAAUCAAUUUUACGAUUGAGGUUUUGUAAUUUCGAUGUUUUGUUGGUGCCAUCUUGAGACAAGAAGCAGCAGCGAGUCGCGGUAGUUGGGCUAAAAGAAUGUAAUCAAUGAAUGAAGAAUGAAGAAUGUAAUCAAACGCGGCCGCGAAGCGUUUUUUUCGGAUUGAGCUGGCUAUCUAAUCGAUAUCUAACUUGGAAACGAACCCUACAGCUCCAAAAUGGUUUAGAGAAAUCAGCCAGUGUCAACUCGUGAGAGCGUGACAUAGGUCCUAAAAUCGUGAGUCGUGAGACUGGCCAAGUCUGACUUCCUAGACCGAGCCGUAAACAGAGAAUCAAGUCACGCAGAGAGAUGCUGUACAAAAAAUCUGAAUAUAAUUUCCGUUUAUACUGCUACAGCUUAAAGUGAUACAGUGACUUCCAAUACCCAUAAUCCCUGCUGGAAGUCCUUCCACUUGGAAAUUUGGGACAUCUCACGACUUUUUACCCAUUUCUCACUACUUUUCUUAGCUCUAGGUUCAGAAUCUCACAUUUUUUGCCUUUUGGGGGUUGGCACGUCUGGGAUGUGGUCUGCUUCCGUAUAAAUUAUACAUUCUUAGGAAUGUUUUGCAUUUAUGUAAUAGUUAACAGUUGUUGAGAAAUUUAGUUGUUGCUUAGACCUUCUGCACAGAGACCCUCGCAGUCGGGAGGUUUUUUGUUUUACGCUCGCUUGGCGCCGCUCUCCUUUGAGUUAUGCACCUAUCAAUGUAAACCCUGUGGGGGGAGGAGUGCGGGCAAGGGGUGGGGAUUUGACAAAUUUUAAAAUUUUUUGAUCAAAUUCCCCAGGGUGGGAAACGAAAGGUUAAUCAAAAGUGUCAAAAAAGCCCCCACCCCAGGGGAAAAAUUUAAACAAACAAUACUAGAAUACUAUAUAAAACGAAUAAAAGAACAUUUCAAAAGUACGCUCUUACUACUUUUGUUUAAGGUUAACGCAAGUUCCGUUAAAUUACUCGCUGUAAUUAAGUAUUUUCUCUCUCCACUAGCAUCUCUUAUUUUGGACAACAUAAUCGCUCCAGGAAGAUUGACCGUGCUAUUAUAAUAUUAAUGAAACGUAAAAUGCUUUAUAACAGUAGUUAUAGAAAUGGGUAUCCUAGCUGACUCUUCGAAUUCCCAGAAUUUCAUUAAAUCAAAUAAUAAAAUCCCAGAAUAUGCACGGGACUACAAAAAAGAAUACCUUUUUAUUAUAGGAAUAGAUAAAGAAUUUAAGUAUUUUGUUGAGCAUAUUAAUGAGUCACCUACUGGCUUAUUUGAGAAUCACAGAGUUGAUAGAAUUAAGUAUUUUAUGAAAAGAUUUUUAAAAGGACAAGAAAGGGGCAAACUUAAAGAUAUUAGUAAUUUUGAGAUUAACAAUAUUGAUGUUGAUAACUUGAUUAAGAUUAAGAAGAAUUUUCUUAAUUUUAAUCAAUAUAUUAAUUUUUGUAAAUAUUGUUAUGAUGAUGAUGAUGAACCUUUUAUUGAUCCUUAUCCUGGUUUCAAAAAUAUUUAUGAUGAUUUCGAAUUACUUUUUAGUAAGUUUAAAAUUAAAUACAAAGAAUUUACUUAUGAUAGUGAUAGUGAUAGUGAUAGUGAUAGUGUUUAAACUUAUAACAUUUUUUGUUACAAGUUUUAAAAAUGACUUAAAAGAAAGAACAUUUUAAAUUAAAAGAAUGGAUAAUAAUUUUCAGCAAAUUUUUACAAUUCAUUUUCCUGAAAAACAAGUUUAUAUUGAACACACUUUUAAAACAUUAGAGGAAAAAAUGAAAGAAAUUAAAGGGAAUAAAGAUCAUAGAUUAUAUAAUAUGUUAAAAGAUAACCCAAAUCCAGAAAUACGAUUUGAGUGUUAUAGAGACCAAAGUUACAAUGAAAAGUUAGUAGCUUCUAAUUAUAAAAAAAAUUAUUAUAAAAUACUUAACUAGUUUAAACAAUAUAUAAAAUGGAAGAGUUAUUAAAGGAAUUUGAAGAUAUGGGUUGUGAAGUUGUGGUUGGAUGGAAAGAGAAAAAAAAAAUUACGAGUGAAGCAAUGAAAAAAUUAAAAGCGAGUGGUGAUGAGAAAAAGAUUAAAUUAGCAAAACGAUUAGCUAGGUAUUAUGGUAUUUUUCAUAAUAUUGGUUAUAUAACAACAAAUCCUGAUUUUCUUUUUGAAGAAGAUAAGUAUGGUCUGCAUUAUAUUUUUUCUUAUUUAGAGUGUUUUGUUGAUACUGCAAAGAUAAGUAUUGCUGGUGUUAUUAAAGCUCUUGGAAAUGAUGAGCAAAUAGAUCCUUUUUGUAAAUAUCUUAUGUUUACUCAUAUGUAUACUCCAGAGCAAGUAAAAGAAAUAGGACAUGAAGAAAUAUAUAGAAGGGAACAAAAGUUUGAAGAAGAUGAAAUUAAUUAGUAUUACGGGGUUUUCAGCAAAAGAAUUAGUAUAAACAACUAAUAAAAAUGGAACCAAGAUCAAAAGAAACUACUCCUACAAAAGAGGAUUUGGAUUUUAUAGUUGAUGAUGGUUAUAGACAUGAUGUGGAUCCAGAUUAUGUUCCAAACGAAAAGUAUCUUGUUAGUGGAAAAGAGUUUAAAAAGUUAACACGAAAUGCUAAAAAACUUGGUGCUGAAUCGCUUGAUUAUUCAACACGAAAAAAUAAUAAAUACAUGGCCACUCUUUCAAGUGGAAAAAAAGUACAUUUUGGAUCGCCAAAAUAUCCAGACUAUCUUAUUCAUCAGGACAAAGAUAGACGAGAUAAAUAUCUUUCUAGAGCUACAAAGAUAAAAAAUAAACAGGGAGAGUUAACUUAUAAUAAUCCCGAAUCAUCAAACUUUUGGUCAAUUAAUUUACUUUGGCCUAAAAAGUAAUUUAAAAGAAAACAAAAAUAUAAUAAAAUGAGUUCAAAUGGUAAUGUUGAUUUAAAUAGUCUAUCCAAUGAUAUUGAUUUAAAUUAUAAAAAUAUUAUUAAUUUAGGUUGCGAAGAAGAUAUUAAUUUUAAAAAAGAACUUAUAAAAGUUUUAGAAGAAAUUUUAGAAAGAUUAUAUUCUAUAGAUGUCACAAUUGCAAAUAAAUAAUUGCUUAAAGAUUAAAUUAUUAUAAUAAAAGAUGCAGUUGUCCAGUUACGAAAAUAUUACUCAAGACAAUAUUAUCUUUAAUGAAGCCAAAGAAUUCAAAGUCAAAGAUAGCAAGAUCAAAUACAAACGUAUCCCAAUUGAAAUCAAUUAUCCAAAUGGAAAGAAAGGAGCUUUGGUAGUUGAAUCUCCAGUUCUUUUCUCUUUUGGAGUAAGUGAAAAGAAAAAUCAAGAAACAGGUAAGUUAGCUGGUUAUAGUAUACCAGUAUUUCUUUGGAGUAAAGAUAGUGCCCCAAAUCCUAAAGAACUAUCAUUUUUUGAAACCCUAAACACUGUUGUUUCAAUGUGUCAAAGUCAUUUAGAAAAUGAAUAUGGUGUAGAUUUAGCAUCAUCUCUGUCUUCACCAUUUUAUUACAAACAAAUAGAAUAUAUAGAUAAGAAAGGAAAGAAGAAAACAAAAGUUGAUGAAUCAUCCACACCAGUUCUCUACGCAAAACUUAUUUACUCUGAAAAAUCAAAGAAAAUAUUAUCUUUGUUUAAGGGAAAGGGAGGUGAGGAUUUAAAUCCUUUUAAAUAUAUCAAUCAGUUUUGCAAUGUUAAAUUGGCAUUGAUAAUUGAAGGAAUCUUUAUAAGUAAAACUGUUACAUCUUUACAAAUAAAAGUACAUGAGUGCUAUGUCAAACCACUAAAACCUAGAGAGACUUUACUAACAAUUGACGAGGAAGAGAGUGAAGGUGAAGAGAUAACUGAUCAAGUAGUUGACGACUUACUUUCAUCUGAUAAAGAAGAAAAUGAGUAGAUAAUAGGAUUUUAUUUUUAAUACAAAAUUUGUAUUAAAAAUCAACCAAAUCCUUAGAACUUACCCAUGAGUUAAAUUUAUCAGGAUAUCCACUCCAUUUCACUAAUGCCAUUUUUUUCUUAUUAUCUCGUCUGAUAAUCUUUUCUAUUCUAAAUGUUUGCUGUUUUGCUUUUCGCAAUUCUUGCUCAUAGAAAGAACCCUUAAUCUCUUCUCCCAUCAAAUCAAUAAUGUUAUUUGUAACAGGUUUUGUAGGUAAAACUUUGUUAAUCACAAAUAUCUCCUCUGUCCAGUUUGGUGUGUAACCUUUAUCAAAUACCUUUCUCUUAUACUUAGAAAUUCUAACACGAUCACCAACCGCAAACUUUGAUUUACCAGGUUUUAAGUAAAUAGAAUCACCAUCCAAAUUAGACCAAACUUUACUUUUAUUUUUCUUUUUACUUGCUUCAACAGGAGUCAUUUUUAUACUGGAAUGUCUCGAAUUAUUGUAAUCAUUAACUAGUUUAUCUAACUUAUCCCAGUAAACAGUGUUGUUAUUAACUGUAAACAUUUUCCACAUUCUGUUUUUCAUUGUUUUAUUCCAUCUCUCAACAACACUAGAUUUUUCUUCGUUUUCAGUGUGAUACAGUUUAAUUCCUUUACUUUUCAGAAAAUCUUUGAAAUGUUUACUGAUAAACUCAGAACCUUUAUCUGUCCAUAGCAUCCUUGGUUUACGUUUACUUUUAAAUAUGUCAUCGAAUGCUUUACUAACAGUUUCAGUUUUCUUAUUUUUUUAAUGCCCUAAUCCAACCAUACUUGCUAAACACAUCAAUAACCAUCAACAAAUAUUUAAUCCCUUUGUUCCACCUACUAAACUUUUGCAUUUCAACUAAAUCAGCAGCCCAGAUCUCAUCAAUCCCGUUUGAGACUACUGAUCUCUUUUGAAAGUUUCUUGUGAUUGGUUUGUGAAGUUCGUCGGCUAAUUGUUGAGACCAAUCACUACUCAACGCCGCUUUACGUUUUUUGUUCCCAUUCCAAGUUUUUGUUUAGUAUUAAUUAUUGUUCUAGCAAACCAAUGUCCUCAUUGUCUUUUUUUCCAAGGAAUUGCAUCUAGUGAUUUUACCAUUUUUUUAUCUGCAGUAUGUUUGCAUUUUAAUUGUUCACUUUUGGGAAGGUUUCCACAAACUGUGUAAUCCACAUCAUGUUGCAUACUAACUGCACCAGUUGGUCCUGUUGGUUGUUGAUAGAUUUCUAGUAUAUUUCCCUCAUCAUCGUGACUAAGUUGGUCCUCAAGAGGAUUUCCAGGACCAGUAUAAUUAUGGCCUGGUAUAGUUAUUCCUCUAUAAGGUGCAACUUUUAGUAUUUGUUUGUGAAUGUCAACUCCUGAACCAUAUUUGUUUUUAAUCUCUGCUAUAGAUUUGUAUAUUUUGUUGGUUCCUAAUCCACCACUGAAAAAAUCUUUUACAUGAGCAUAACCAAUUUGUUUACCAUUUUGCUUGACAAUCAUGAUGGGAUUUCCUUCUUUCAGAUAAAAUUUUUUACCAUGACUACGAAACACAGUUGUAUCACCUGUCCAGAAAUUGGAAGUAAAUAUGCCAUCUUCUGAAUUAACAACACCUUUGGCAAUAUCACCAGACCAAUAAUCUUUGAAUACUUGCUUUGUUUGAGGAAACAAGGUUUCUGAUAUUUUUUGUCCCACAUUUAUUCCUGUUUUGAUUGGACCAAAAGCAUCACCAACACCUUUGGACGCCAUCACUGACGGGCUGAUUAGUUUUUUGACUUUCGUUUUCUCUUUUUACCACUUCCAGUUUGAGAAGCUGUUCCAGUUUUUACAUAUCUAACUUUUUUGUUUCCACAAACUGCACAUCUACAAAAGAAUUGAGUUCUACCUCUUUUAUCUUGUUGGUAACCACUUGGCUCUGUACAAGGAGUUACUCUUUUAUCUACAGUGCAAUAUGAUUCUUUCAUUUAAUAUAAUGUUUAGAUAAAAAUAUGUCUAUUUUGCGAUAAAUAUUAGCGAUAAAAAAUCACGACGUUUCGACCUCCCGAGGUCAUUUUCAAGUGUAUAAAAGUUCUCUAAAAUUAGCAUAGAUAAGUUAAAAGCAAGUUAUAAUAGAUAAAAAUGUGGUGAACGCUAAAAUGUGAUAAAAUAUGUAAAAAUGUAAAAAGUGCUAACAAAAAUAUUUAUAAAGUCAAAAAACAAUGGAAAUAAAACAAUGUUAACAAGAACUACUCUAAACAAAUAAUUUGGCGCGAAUUGAAUCGCACUGUUUGUUAAGUGUCGGUCUCAGUUCUUGGAUAAAAACAUUUCAAAAAUAAGGCAGUCAAAUUUGUUCUGACACUUUCUUAAGAUUCUAAAACUUUGUGCGAUGUCUUCAGGCUCCAUAUCAUGCUGCUCUCUGAGGUGGUUUCCGAUUGCCGAUCCUUUGUGUUCUUCAAUUCGUUGGUGUAGGUGUCGGCACGUGUAGCCGACAUAACCUGCAUCACACAGGCUACACUGGAAAGAAUACACCACGCAUUGUUGACUCACAAGAGGCGGCUUGUCUUCCUUGACCUUAAUUUCAUCUUUGAUCUUCCUACUUGUGUAAACUGGGCUGAUGUCUGCGUUGAUCUUCCUACUCAGGUCAGCCAGCUGUUUACGUACAACGUUUGCUGAUUUCUGGUCUUUGAAGGGCAACACGAUUCUGAUUGGGGCUUCUCUUUUAUCAGCCACUUGGGUGUGUGAAUCCUCGGACACUUUGGAUUCAAUGAAUUGGCGAAUGGUUGACUGCACAAGGUCGUCUGGAUAGCGCAGUCGGGAGAAGAUCUCUUUAAGGCGUUCACAUUCCUCGUGAAAAAACUUCCACGUAGACGAGAGUUUAAACGCACGGUUAAGCAUGGUGUUCAGGAGUGACCGUUUGUAUCUGGCGUCAACGUGACUGUGGUAGUGUAGUAGAAGUCCAGUGUCCGUUGGUUUUCUGUAAACCGUGGUGUCUAGGCGGCAACCAUUCCUGAUAACAUUCAUUCCGAGAAAGGGAAGCUUGCCAUUUUCUUCGAGCUCCAUUGUAAAAUUGAUAGAACACCAUGCUGGAACAAAUAAAAUGACUAAUAAUCUAAACAUGGAUAAUAAAAAAAUAAUUAACCUUAGACCACCAACAUCAAACACAGAUGCAACAACCAAAAAGUAUGUGGAUGAUAACACAGGUGCCCCAGAUUUAAGUGGUUACUUGGAAAAAGAUGGUACAGUCGCUAUGACUGGAGACUUGAAUCUUAACAACAAUAAAAUAGUUGGUCUCGCAACUCCAUCAUCAAACACAGAUGCUGCCACCAAAAAGUAUGUGGAUGAUAAUGCCGGAAGUCCAGAUUUGAGUAAUUAUUUGAAAAAAGAUGGUACUGUUCCUAUGACUGGAGACUUUAAUGUUGGUAAUAAUAAAAUAAUAAAUCUUAGUAAGCCAACCCAAGACAAUGAAGCGGUAACUAAAGAUUAUGCUGACAAACUAGUUCAUCACACUGCAGUUCAACCAAGCCAUUACAACGACCAGUUUGCUUAUCUUAUGUCUAGUGCGGCACAAUGGACUGAUGAAAUAGAUACUGGAACUAGUUUUGUUAUAAAAAGAAUAGGAGACUUAUCUCCUUCUAAAGGUAAUUUUCAUAACUAUAACCACCAAGUAAUUUUUGUAACAAUAAACAAAAGUUCUCAAGGUGGAUAUAAGUACAAAAUGGGAAUCAACUUUUACAGGUUAACUGCAAAUGCUGAUUACACACUGUGUUUGGAAAUACUCAACACUGAUUAUCAACUGUGGCAUAAGUCUCAAAUAAGUGUAGACAAAGGAACUUCAACAGGAUUAUCAAUUGAAAAUGUUAGUGUAAAGAAACUCUCCCAUAGGUACAGCGAUUCAAAGGGACAAGCACAAUUUAUGUAUUAUCACAGAAUAAUAGUUAAUUUUAAGAAGUUGUCAUCCGGUAAUAAGUUCUUUCUUCAUAUUUUGGUUAAUAUACCACAAGAUGGAACUGACCCGGCUGUGUAUCCGAGACAGUUUCCAGGAGUUUAUAUAAUUACUUAUGGAAUUGUGGGAAAAAUUAGCAAUAUCGAUCCAGAUAAAGUUUACGACUAUCACACCGCAUUUGAUAUCAAACCAACAGAAGUGAUGUACAAUGUUGAUAUAAAUGCAAAUAAUAAAAAAAAUAUUAAACAUUAAUCUUGAUAGAAACAGUAACAAUAGUGCAGCAACAGUUGGAAUGGUAAAUGAAAUUCAUCCUUUUACAAAAAAUUAUAUUUAUAGAAAAUAUUUUGAAGAUUUUUUUGACUUUAAUGAUUCAAACAUUUACGUUUUACAUAAAACUUCAUCUGGGGUUGUUUUUAAUUCAUUAUCUUCUAUUACAGGAAAUUCUGCAAGAAAUAUUACAUUUCCAACUAAAACAAUUGAUAACAUAAAAAAUGGUGGAUUAAAUGUUAAUGGAUAUACUAUUUCUUAUUCAUCAGCUAAUAAACUUACAAGCUACACUUUAUGUAUUGUUUUUACUCUUUGGAGAAAUAGAAAUUUUAGUAUAACUAAAAAAGAUGAAAAUAGUAAUCAAACUUUAUUUUUUUUAUACUAUCUUAAUGUAAAUAAUACAUUAAAUUUACAUAUUAGUAAUACAAGAAAAAAUAUAGUAAUUCCAAGUAGUUUUAACGGACAAAAAGUAGUUUUAUGGUUAACAGAAAGUAUUAAUAAUCAUGUUACAAAAGUUAAAAUAAGUAACUACUCCUCAGAAAUAGUUGCUAAUGUUGUUAGUCAUUCAAAUAACCAAAAAUUUGAAUUUUUAAAUCAAGAUGGAGUAAUAGAAAAAUUUAUGUACUCCCCAAACUUUUACGAUACAGACUCUAUAGAAAAUCAUAAAAUAAUACUUCAAGAAAAGUUAAAUGAAACUUAUAUAUUAUAGAUAUAAAAUGAAGGAUAUCUUUGAAUUUAAUCACAUAGACAAAUAUCUUUCAGAAUCAGACGUUAAAACCCUCAAAGACUUUUAUAGUCAUUACCAUCAGAAAUACUGGUGUUUUAAGCGGUCUUAUAAGAGUUAUAAAUUUCUUGAUAAUUUUUUUACAAUCUCUGGAAUAUGCUUGGUUGCAAUAGGAACUAUUCCCGGUGGAAUAACCCUAAACCCUGUUGUUCUUGGAGUUGUAAAUGGUGCUGGAGUUAUUGUUGCUGGAGUAGGAAAGAAAAAUAAUUACAAAAGAAAAAUUGAGAUGACAAGGAUUGCAUUUACUACUUACGAGAAAGUACUUGUUGAACUACGAGCAGCUCUUCGGGGAGAUGAGUGGAACAAAGAAGAGUUUGUUGAUCGUAUGAAGUUAAUAGAUGAAAUAAUAAUCGAUCAGACUCCAAUAGCAGAUAGAUUUGAUAGUAGAUAUAAAAAAAGGUUUAAAGAUUAAUUUACUAACAUUAAAAGGGAUAAUUUUGGAAAGAUUGAAAAUCAAUUAAUUAGUUCUUACGAAUCAGCUUUAGCCGUAGAAGGAAGAGAAAUAUGUAAAGAAGUUGAUUCUAUACUUGGAGAUUAUGAUGACUUGGUAGUAGAAAAAGCUAAUACUUAUUGUCUUUUUCUUACCCAUCCAGAAAGAUUUGGUUUUGAUCCAAAAUUGGUUAAAAGAUGUAAAAAGUAUUUAGAUGAUAUGAGAAACUAUAGAGAUAUCAAAUACGCUUUAGAACAUAUUUCAAUAACAAGAAAAUUGGUUUAAAGAAUAAGAUGUUAAAUAGUAUAUAAUUCCUAGUUGUUUAUUUAUAAAAGAUUUUUCUAACAUGUUUGCCAUUUUAUUUCUAAAUAAAUAAUUAUUUAGAAAUUAGAUGUUUUUCUCAAUUCUAUGAAUAACUUUAUAAUGUCUAUUUAGAGUUUUUUUUAUUAAGAAAUGCUCUUGUGCAAUAUUCACAAGGAAUUCGCACGCCAGCCAUAUAUUUAUGAAUAAGUUUGCUGAUCUUAUCAUAAUCAUUACUUAGUAUGAAUGCAUAAUUAUUUUCACGGUACUUUUCUUUCAUUUUUAGUUGUGAUUCUGUAACACAGUAAUUAUUAGUUGGUGAUUUGAAUUCGAUACAGAGACCUUUAUAAUAUUUGUGAUAAUCAAGAAUCAUUAGAUCUGGUUGACCUCGUUGAUAUCCUUUUUUAUAAGAAUCUAGUCUUUUAUCCUCUGUAUCUUGAUUCUCUCCCAGUCCGGCAACUAAUAUAGAUUCAGGAUAAUAAUUUCUAAUUAGUUGAACAACUUUGUAAUGAAGAUCAGUUUCAUUUUCAAUUUUAAACAUUUUGUUUUUCGGGUUGUCAAACAUUUUAAAAUAACCAUAUUUUCUUAUUGAUGGAAGUACUUGUGAGGUAACCCAUUUUUUGAACUUUUGGGCGGUUUCUAAUUUAGAGGAUAAAACAAGUGAGUAGAAACCGGAUUCAUUUAAAAAAGUAUACCAUCUAACCUGACCCGUCGUUUCGACGGGGCAGCUUUUUUGGUCUUCAUAAUCAACAUGUUUUCUAAUUGCUUGAUUAGUGUCUUUAUAUCCAAGUAAUUGAGCAACAUCUUCUCCACAAAACCAGACAUUUUGCUGAUUGUCUAAAUAAGAUGUUAACUCAAUUCCUAAAUCAACAUUUUUAUUUUUUUUUCCAACAUAUUUGACAUUUAUAUUAUCAUUUUUAUCUUUAAAUAUUAAUUAAUUUUCUAUUUAAAAAUAAAUAGAAAAUGUUGUAAACCAAUCCAUCUUUAUUUAUUCUCUUUAAACCAAUUAGAUGCUUGUAAUUCACUAGCUGAUAUUUCAUCCAAGGGUUUUCUUAUUUUUUUCGUAUAAGUUGUUACAACAGUUACUAAUGGUGCUUUGUUACAAAACCAAGUAAUGAUUUCUUUAAAUAUUUCUAUUGGGAUUUUUUCAUUUAAAAUAAUAUAAUCACACAUCAUAAAUGUUAACUGAUUAGAAUUUAAAAAAUAUGUUAUUGAGUUUUUAUCCAUCAAACCACUUUUAUAAACUCCCGUUUCCUUCUCUACAAUUGACCCACCAAUGUUUUCUGGCCCAAUAUAAAAACUUCCUGCAUGUAUUUGAUCAUUCAUUUACUUAUUUAAAUUAUUUUUUUAAACUAUUUUUCUAUCUACACAUAAGAUAGAAAAUGAUAAACACAAUUGUGCAUUAUGUUAACUUUUAUUAUCCUUUUUAUAAACAUCUUCCCUAUCCUGAAAAUCUUAUAAAAACAUCACUAAUUUACAGAUACUUCUAUGAAGUUUAUUUUAAAGAAAAUAUAGAUAUAGAAAAAAUAUUUUAUAGAAUAGAAGAUAGAUCUAUUAAAUCUAAUAAUCCUGUUCUAAAUAAUCAUCUAAUGUUUUAUAGAGCUUUUAAAUCUUUUCAUAAACAUUACAAAAUUGGAAGAGGAUGUGUAUACACAUUUGACUCUCCAAUAAAUAGUGAAGUAUUAGGUUACCCAACUGGAAUAAGUUACUGGAUUUUUCGUAAAGGAUUAAAAUAAUAUAAUCAUUUAAUAAAAAUGGCAGCUGUUAUUAUAAAACAAAAAGAUGUUGAACGUCUUGGUAAAGAAUUAUUAAAUGAAAUGUUUGAAUUUUUGCAUGAUGAGUAUAUACUCACUAAUUUUGAAGAAAUUAAAGAAGUAAAAAAAGAAUUUCUAAAUAAACUUAUAUUGAAUCAUAUUAAUACAUUACACAGAAAAUUUGAAAUAACAUGAAAAAAGAGAAGAAUUAAUUAACCUAUUUAAUUUUAAAAAAAGAGAAAAAUAAUUGAACUAAUUAAUGGUAAAAAAUCAUUUCUAGAAGAAUUAUAUGGACUAAUUUAUACUAAAAAAUCAUUUCUAGAAGAAUUAAAAGAAAAUGCUAUGAAAGAUGGUGGUGUUGAUACUGAAGGAAUAUACCAUACUUUAAAUUCUCUAAAAAUAGAUGAAGAUUUAUAUUAUAAAACAAAAACAGUUUUAGAUAUUUUUAGAGUAUUUGAAACUGGUUAUAUUUACUUAGGAGAUUAAAUUUUUUUAUAUUUUUUAAAAUAUAAAAAAUUAUUUCUUAUCUAAACCUAACAAUCUCCUUGCUUCUUCUACUUUUAAUUCUUUUAGGUAAUCAUCUUUUGAUACUCCAUCUGGUGGACUAGCGUCUUCAAAAAAAUAUUCAAAUAUAUCACUAUCAUCAGAUGAAUAAAACAAAUCUUUUGCUUCAAUUUCAGGUGAUUCAACAACUCGCUUACUCAUUUUUAUUUUUAAUCAUUAUAACUUAACCACCACUUUUCAUAAAUCUCUAAAGUUUGUGGGGAAAUCUUAAGAUAAAUUAGUUUAUACUUUUCACAUCCCAUCUCCUCCAAAAGUUUUUUAAUUAAAUAAAAAAUACUUAUCAUUCUCUUUCUAAAGUAUUUUUUAUUUAGUAUUUCCAUGGUGUAAUUAUCUAUUUUCAUUAGUUUAUCAUAAAGUUCACAUUUUAUUUCAUCAGUUAGGUUUAUUAUUUUAGAAAUUUGAUUAACCCUUUUCUCAUAGUGAUACUUCCUAUGAUAAAUACUCUUUUUUCUAAAAUAUAAUCUAUCGUAAUCUUUAACAUCGUAAAAGCCUAAUACAUGCCCGUUUGCUACUCCACAGUAAUCACAGAUUUUAUAACCAGAAUCAAUGGUAAAACAUUCACUAUUUUGACAACUACAACAUUUAGAUUUUCUACUAACUUCCUCUUCAGGUUUACUAGUAUAAUUAUACAAUAUUUCUAGAUAUUUUUUUAUUUCUUCUUCUGUAUAUGUCAUUUAUUAUUUAUUAUUUUAUUACCUUAAAACUAUCGUUUUUACUUUUCCUAAGAGGACUUCGCGUUUAUCGUCUUCAUUACUUAGAGCUACUUUGUUAACUUCUUUUGAAUAUAUAUCAUGAUUUUCACUUCUUAUUAUUUUCAUCUUUCUCAUUUCUUUUCUUCCCAAAAAUAAACAUUGAACAUAGUCAUCAAAAUCUAAUUUCUUUUUUACAACAUUUUUCUUUAUUCCUUUACAUUUACGUACUUCUUUAUCUUCUUCAAUUCUAAAACUGUAAAGUUUGGGUUUCAAUCCAACAAAACAAGUAAUUUGUUUUCCUGCUACUUCAUCUUUAAACAUCCCUAUCACUUUUUUGUUAACUCCUGUUAGUAUUCCAGAUUUAUGAUUAGGAGGAUAAUCAGACGUGUCAAACUUGGUUAUUAUGUCAUUUGAUAUAUCUUUAUAAAAAUCAUCUGUUUUAAUCUGGUACAUCAACGAGUCGGUAUCUGUAAACAAUAACUCAGCCUUGUUUCCAUAUUUAUUUUUGAUGUAGUUAUAAUGAAAAUCAAACAUUAAUGUUUUUGAUAAAUCUAGAAUUGCUUGACCAACAUAUACUGGUUUGUUAAAAUAAACUUCAGUCUUCUUCAUAUGGACCGCAAUAAGAUGAUUAUCAAAUAUUGUUGCUCUAUCAAAGUUUGGUCUACUUGAUAGUUUUGCAGCUUUUUUACGAUUAUCAAUAAGUUCUAUAUUUUGUCUUUUCCUUAUAUUUUCUAUUGUUUUUCCAAAUACUGAAUUAUUCAUUAGUUUGAAAAAGUCUUUCUCAAAACUGUUGGCUGCUGUCUUUCGAAGUUCUGUAUUUUUUCUUAUAUAUGGUUCCAUCCAAGAACUUUGAUAGAAUGAUAUUCCUCUAUGAACAGCAGUUAUUCUCAUUCCCAUCUCAAGAUAUUGUCUAAGAUUCUGAUAAUGUACAACAUAGUUUUUUCUUAGUUUAAAAUGACUAAUUAGUUUUUCAACACCAUUAACAAUCAUCUUCUCAGGUGCUAGAGGAUAGUCAUUAUGAUCUUCCCAUAAGUUGGAAGGGUAUUCCAAAUCAACUUCAAAUAUAUAGCCUUUUUUUCCACGAUUAAACAUACUAUGAUUUGCUUUCUCUAAAAUUUCCAUUACCUUUUCUUUUGUUAUAUCUUUCAUCCAUUUAAAUCCAUGUGUAGGAAGUUGUUGAGACAUUGCCCAACUGUAAAGAUUGUUUGCAUCCAAAUAUUGAAUAUAACUAGACUCCUCAUCAGGAUUAUAAUCUUUCAUGUAUUUAUUAUUCGCCUCUGCAUAUCUUUUUGAUAUGUGUGUUAUUCCACCACGAAUACCUCGCUCAAACAUCAUUAACAUAUCAUAAUCAUGUAGUAACUGUAAUUCCUGACCUGUUUCUUUGAGACAUGCAUCCCAAGCUAGACCAGGAGAUGUGAAAUAAUGAGCUGGAUCUAGUUUGUAAUGUUUUAGGCAAGUUUUUCUAAAGUUUUCAAAUACAUCUGACAGAAGAAGGACAUCAGACUUUAGGUAAAGAUUAUGAUAAUCUCUUAUUGUUUUACAUUCAAAGGUAUUCCAUACAUUAAUAGCAUGUUGGUAAUCAUCAUCACUUAUUUCUUCAUCAUUUAGUUUUGAAUAGAAUUCUUCUCUUGGGGGUAAUUGUGUUUCGGAUAGUUUUUCAAGUGAUGAAACAUAGUCAUAGGGAUAAACUCCCUUACGAGUUAGUAGAUUUACAUUUUUCUUAAAUACUUGUUUUGUAUUAUGAAAAUCAUCUGGUUGUAAAUUUGAAACAAGAUUGGCAAGUGAUGUUUGAAGAAACUUGAAUGAAUCCAAAAAUCGUAUUUCAAAAUUUAUUGGAACCAUUUGACCAGUUUUAUUAGACAUAUACUCAUCAACUUUAAUACUUUUUGAAAACGAAAUAUAUUUUUCUUCCGUAGAUGGAAUACAGUUCAAAUUACCUGGUAAUCUAGCAAGUUGUUUUAUAAACAAAUGAGCAUCAUAUCCUUGAAGAUUAUGAAAUAUAACUGGAAGAACUAAUGGUUUUCGGCACUGCAAAUUACAACUGUUACGAGCUGCACCACGGUACUGACCGGUAAAAUGACAAUGAUCUCUAACUUUAUCUUCUUUUAAUUCUUUAUUACAAAUAUGGCAAAUUUCUGCUUCAUCAAAUAGUUUUUGUUCGGCUCGAGUUAGUCUAAGAGGUUUUGGUCUACGAUAAAAAUCGUUAUAAAUACCUUUAGUUACUUCUGUAAGUUUUUUUACAAAUACUUUUGAUAUAUCUUAAUCUUCUUUUGUUUUUGUAUAAAUUAUCGGUUUAAUUUUUUUAUCAACUAUUCCUUUAACAUAAAAACAAAAUCCUGAUGGUUCAUGCUUUUGGUAGUUGUAAUUAUAAGAUUCUUUUGGAUUAGGACUGCAAGUAUUCAUUGGUUUGGUAAAGCAUUCAAAAUCUGCAUAAACUACAAAAGGAAUAGGAAGUUGUUUAUAGUAAUUUUUGAAAUAUAACAUUGUGUUUGGUUCAGGCAUUUUUACACAAGCUGUUUCAUUGUUAGAACAAUAUUUGAUAUGUUUUUCUAAUAAUUCUUCUUUAGUGAAAUGAGUAAAACACUUUUUACAAAUAAAUAUUUUACCAUUCUUACUUGCAGUUUUUUGUGACUUUAUCAAACGAUUAAAAUCUUUAAUUAGUGAAUAAUGAGAAAAACCAUCUUCUUCGUACAAAAAUAAAUCAAUAGUAUUUAAACAAUCUCUAUUUGCCAUUCUCAAAGGAUAAAUAAUCAUACCAUCAUUUGAAAAAACAUUAAUUCCUGGAAGUUCUGGAUUAAGUUUUUCAAAUUUGGUGAUGUCUUUUAAUUUCAUACGAAAAGUAAUACCUUUAGUGUUAAGUGAAAAUUCAUACUUCUUUAAAUCUAACAAUCCACUAUCAUUAUCUUUUUUUGGAUGAAGAUAUCUAAGUAUACACCAAAGAAAGCAUUUCUCAUCUUUGUUUUUAAUAUUAACAAUUGCUUUUUUAUUUGAUAUCCAAUUUGGAAGAGAAAUGUAAGAUGAUCCCUUUGUUGGAUUAUAUUCAACCGUAUGAAUUUCAAGUUUUUCCACUUCUUUAAAAUACCAACCACUUCCAUUUUCACGAUAUGCUUCUAUUCCUCCUUCAAUACCAUCUAUACUUUUCUGAAUUAAUUCGUCUACAUCUGUUGAUUUAUUAUUAAUAAGUGUAAAUGAAUUAAAGUAAGAUUUACCUUCUUCUAAUCCUACAACACCAACAUUUUGUUGAAUAUUUUGUUUUUCCAUAAUACAAACUAAAAUCAUCCUAAAUUUUAUAUUUCGAUGAUAAGCAAAAAAAUCUUUUAAAGUUUUAUAUAUACGCUCAAAAAACUGCGUUGGAGUAAGACCAGGAAUUCCUUGAAUAGUAUACUUAACAGCAAAGUCUUCAAAAGCUGAUUUUUCUUUUUCAAGUCCUUGGUCAUAUUCUAAAAUAGCUCGCUCAAGAGCUUCACGCAAAUAAGAAGGAGUAUCUUUGGGAAUUUUCUAUUUUUAAUACAUUCCUCAAAAUACUCGUCAAAUGUUUUUAUCUUUUUCUUUUUAGAAGGGAUUUUGACGGGGGGUUUAUUUUUUUUGAGUUUCUUUUUUAUAUCUAUUCCUUGUUUUACUUUUUCUCUAGCUUCUACCAAUUUUUUAUAUUGUUUAAUUAAUUUUCUUCUUUCUCCUAAUUCCUUAUAAUCUUUCUUAAGUUCUUCUCUUUCUUGUGUUAUUAUAUGUCUUAUUUCAUCCAGAGAUAAAUUCUGAAAUUGUUUAUCUGUUAUUAAGGGUUGAGAACCCUGAAAACCAUUAACUGACUGGUUAGACAUGACGUCUUAUAAUAAGAUUAUAUUAUUAGACGUAAAUGUUUAAGUUAUAAUUAAACAUAUUGUCCUUCCCCAUAAUAAUCACUAACAAAAAAUUCAACUUUUAAUUUAUUAUAAAAUUCACAUAAAAGUAAACAAAAUUCUCUAUCACCUAGUUUAUCAUAUUCUUCAAUAUAAUUUAAAAUCAUAUAAACAUUUCUAUAACAUGAGUUAUCAUCUUCUUCAAAAUUAUAUAUCAUAUUUUGGUAAAAUUCUUCUAUAUAUAAAAUAUCAUUUUUCUUUAAAAUAAAAUUACUAAUAUCUUUAAGUUUGCCCCUUUCUUGUCCUUUUAAAAAUCUUUUUAUAAAAUACUUAAUUCUAUCAACUCUGUGAUUCUCAAAUAAGCCAGUAGGUGACUCAUUAAUAUGCUCAACAAAAUACUUAAAUUCUUUAUCUAUUCCUAUAAUAAAAAGGUAUUCUUUUUUGUAGUCCCGUGCAUAUUCUGGGAUUUUAUUAUUUGAUUUAAUGAAAUUCUGGGAAUUCGAAGAGUCAGCUAGGAUACCCAUUUCUAUAACUACUUAUAACAUCUGCUCAACAUGUCGGAACAGGUCGGAUCAGUGACCCGUAAAAAAUCCUCUGACUUUCAUGGUAAAAUUCGAUUUCAAUCGAGGUUUACAAUCAGAUGGGAACUUGAAGAUAAAAACUUUCUCAAAAUAAAUAUUAUCUGUUUAGACGACAGUGUAAAGUAUCGGAUUAUGGCGAUUAAAACAAAUGAAAACUUCAUACCUUUCUCCAACAGCGUGACUUUCAGAAAGCCUCGAGGGACGGACUAGGUAACCGCUUCUGAAUUGAUACCAGGCUUCUAUCGGUCAAAGUCAAAUGUCCCGACCCCGGGGUCGCUUCACACGAUCAAAAGCCCGACAGGGGGAUAGUCUCAGGCAUCAAAUCCCCUCCCAUUGCCCGCACUCUCCCCCACGGGAUUUACCUUGAUAGGUGCAUUACUAACAAAUCGUGCCCCCGUAUUACUCAUUCCUAGCAUGGUGAUUAUUGUUAAGCUACCUUGACAAAACUGUUAAACCUGUAUAAUUUGCAAUUAUUUUGUUCAGCAGUUACACUCUUCAUCCCACAUCAAAAUUUGCCAUGAAUUUGUAAACAAGGGCUGUGACUUUGAGAAAAAAAAAUGGCAUGGGUGAUUUAAUAGCGAAAAACCUGAAACUUCUACAGAACUUUUUUAAGUUCAUGUAAACAACUUUCACUCCCCCUAGGUGAUUCCUCUUCAAACUUAUUGUCUAUUUAAGGUUUAAGAGAGGACUGGUCUUGAGUGACUGUUCAGACAGUUGUAGGAAAACCUAACAGAAGGUGCAACGGUUCACUACAGCAAAGGGCUCAGCAGUGACUCCGUGGGGGGUCAGGGGUUAGUGUAAAUGUAAUAUUUAGAACUCGAUGGCAAUCCCAACUAAGUGAUUAUACUAUUAUAAUUCUAUUUUUUCAAUGAUAGGAAAACACUAUCGUUAUUCAGGGGUAUGUGGAAUCCCCAUCGACAUAGGUAACACAUCCGACUUUACACCAUUUAGCACAGUAAAUUGUUGUCUUCCACUGAGGUAAUUGCAUAUUAGGUCAAACGCUUUUUCUAAAUUCGAUGAAGACCGUUGCGACUGCCAUUCCAGAGUCUUCAGCUCUCCUCCACGACUCUGUAAGGUGAAUGAGCAAGAGUUCGGUCGAAUACCCGACACGAUAUGCCAACUGCUUAUCCGAUGCAAGAUUAUUACCCUUGAAGAUGUGUUGUACGAGAGUGGGUUAAUCUCCGACUCCAUAAUCUUGCCAGAGUGCCAGGGACACUGAGGAGAGAGACCGGACAAUAAUUUCCAAUGUUUGUUUUAUCAUCUUUUUUAUAAAUCGGUGUAAGUCUAGCUGUUUUCCAUGAAGAAAAUAUUAGCCCACGUUCUAUGCUAAAUCGAAAAAGAGCAACUAGAGCAGGAAUGACUGCUGUUCCUGCGAGUUUUAUUAGUUUCGGUGGAAUAUGAUCAGAAACAGUUGACUUAUUUAUUUUCAGGAAUCCGACUUUUUUGCGUUCUGAUCGCUGAGAUCCCGUGAUUUCACUUACAGGAGGUGGUUCAGCUCUCCGAUUUCGAAUUAAGUCCGGUUCGCGGCAUUCAAUUGCAGUAGGGGGCUGUAGAAGUUCAUCAGCUAACUUCUCUCUUAUUUUGGAGAAAUAUCAGUUUAUCAAAGCUCCUCCACCUAUGCAAUCAAAGCUCCUCCACCUAUUGCUCUGACCUAAACUGCAUUUACCUUUUGCAAAAGCGCAUAGUGCAGCUUAUAUCAAAAGCUCACUAUCUAGCAAAUACCUCCCAAUCAUUUAGCAAACUUAAAGUCCUUGACAUAUAUAGCAUUAAUUCUUUUUCUGUUGCUACGUUUAUGUAUUCUUAUCACCAUAAUCUUUUGCCUAGUAGCUUUCGUAACCUCUUUUUAAGUAGUAACCAGGUUCACCAUUAUGAAACUCGACUAGCCUCUCAGUUUAGUCCUCAUUUUUGUAGAACUAAUAUUAUGCAGUUCAGUAUCCUUUAUCGAGGGCCGACAUUUGAAAUUCUUUGCCAGUUACACUAACCACCUCCUCCCCCAUAUUUGUAAUUAUCUCAUUUAUAGUCGUUCUGUUGAUUAAGUUUUAUGUUUGUUGCACACUCUGCAAUCAAGUAAGCCUUUGUAGUAUAGCUUAAGGAAGCCUAUUAAUAUAAGCUCCCAGCUUCUUUAGGCUUCCUUGUCACAACAACUUGUAUUUUAAUUAACACCUCUUGUAACGUUUUAUUUUUACUUAGUGUGAGUGACUAAAACCCAAUAAAUGAAAUAAAUGAAAAUAAAUGAAAGCAGCUUUCUCCGCGUCAAGCAGUGCAAGACUAUCAUCUUCUCUUUUCAAAGGACCUAUGGUCUUCGGUUAAGUAGGAUUUGUUGCUUUUUUAAGCAGCUUCCAAUACAUGGUCGUAUUCUUAACCCCGUCAAACAUAUUGGAGAAGUAACUAGCCUUAGCUAGUCUUAAGGCAGAGGUAACCUCAUUCCUCGCUCUUUUGUAUUCUUGCCACAAUAAGGGACACUUCGUGUUAAUCGCCUUCCUGAAGAGUUUAUACCGUCAAUUCAUUUUAUAUCGUAUUUUAUCACUUAUCGACCGUAUAGGUGUAUUUCUAAUUCUAACCUGCUUCCAAGGGGCAUGGUGUAGGAGCACAUAUCAUGGUUAUUUCUUAUUUCAAGGUAAAUUACAAAAAGAAUUUUCCAACUUUGGGCACUAGUGGGACAUACAAAAUUAAGUGAAACUUCGGCUCCUUUUUGGUUGUAAUGAUAUAUGUCUUGCAGGUCUACUCUGAUGGCUUCUGCUCCAACAUUAGCUCCAUCCUCGAAAGCGACGACUAAUUACGCAAGAUUAUGUCGCCUUUUAGUAGAUGGAGGCGCCAAGGCCUUGAGAUACACAUUUGACAAAAUCCACUCCCCAGCAAACCUGUUUAAUGUUUUGAAAGCUGGUUCUGCGGAACAUUCAACGCUGCAGUCCCUUAAAAGGAAGAGAAUCAUCAAUGCUACACAAUGGGGUGAGCUGUAUCCGUCUCCUCCUUCAUCUGUAACAUCAGAAAACUUUGACAUCACGCUACUGACGGUGCUACUGAGGAACAUCUGUGGUCUAGCUGCCCCUGCCACAGGCUGGGAUAGUCUGCCACCUCCUUCAGACACCAGUGUUGAGGCUAACAUAGCCAGAGUAAAGUACUAUAGGAACUCGGUCUAUGGGCAUGCCAGCCAGGCGUCUGUGGACAAUUCAACAUUUAAUUCCUUGUGGCAGGGUGUAAGUGCCGCACUGGUUGUACUGGGUGUAGAUGCAGCUGCUAUCAGAAAACUAAAAACUGAGACUAUGGAUGCAGAUACAGAGAUGCAUUCCCGAGAGCUCUUAAAGGAAUGGAAGAAAGACGAAGAUAACAUUAAGGACCAACUUAAUAGAGUGGAAGGUAUUAACUAAUAGAGGUUUUGAAGUGUUUUCUAUUAAUAGUACUAAAUAGGUUGGUUUUUCUUUCUGAGCUUAAAUUUACUAAAAUAUUAUAAUAACGUGUUGGUGGGGCUGAAAUGAAAGCUUGGAAUUAGACAAAAUAUACUUUUUCCUUAUAAAAACAGACAGGUUCAAACAAACAGGUUCAAUGUUACGUCAAGGCCGUGAUUCUGUAACUGAGCGAGUUGCAGCGAUGUAAACUUUACACAAAAAAGCAAAAAAAAAAAAUGUUUCUUCCAACAAACUUUGUUUGCAACAACAAAAGUGGGCACGAAUCCCAGGCGAGUUAGUUAUUUCUAGUAACCACUGGACCGGCUUUUGUAUGAUCUGAAGAAUUAGCCAGAUCCAGGCGGAUAACACUCUCCGAGAUCUGCAUAAUUCUGUGAAAGCCGAAUCCCUUAAAUUGAAUCCGAAUCCGACCAAAAAAAUAACACGUUUUGCGUUAAUAAGGUAAAAACAACCUCAUAACACCCUCAGAGAUCUGCAUAAUUCUUCAGAUCACACUUAGCCUAAUUCAAUGAUAGCUAAUUAUCUCAGCUGACAAGUUCAACACUGAUUUUUUGUUUUCUGCUUUUUUUGGUUAAACUCACAGAGCUGAUGAAAAAUGAAAUGGGAAACAUGAGCGAGAAGCUGGAGGCUAUGAGAAAUUCCAUUACUGAGAAUGGAGGUCAGUUUCCAAAAAAUGAAUUUCAAGCUAAAUUUAAUAAUUCUUUGAGUCAGGCUAACUUUUAAUAAUGUUUGUAACAAAAGGAAUUUUGCAUUUUAUAACUUUUCAACUUUACCGUGAGAAACAAACCAUAUCGUUUUCUCUUUAGAUAAAACCAGAGAACAGGUGAGAGGUGAAAUGGAAAAUAAUAGCGAGAAGACAACUGAGGAAGGAAUGUUAAUUCCAAAUUCCAUAACUUGGGCAUCCUUUCUUUUGAUUACUAUCUUUCAGUCAGCUAUUACUAAUGUGAUGACGAGUGUCAAAAAACUGCCACUUAAAAGCUUUAAUAAUCUUAGAACUAUCGUAACUUAAAAUAGGCGUCUGGAAAAUCAGGAAACCGGAGUCCGGAAAAGGAACAAUAGGAAGAAGAACCGGAACGGGGACGGGUGUAGGACGCAGAAUAACACUGAUUGGGAACCGAUAUAAGCCGGACAGAAACGUCAUAUAAACUCAUUGAAUUAAAUUCUCACGUAACUUUUAACUAAUUUACACAAAAAGAAAGAAAAAACCGCCUUAAAAAGGAACAUAUUUGUACCUAGAAAUAUUUUAUAAGGGCUUGUUACACGAGGCGAUUUGCAACGUCGAAUUGUCGGGUAACAAUGUUGUGACAAUAUUGCGACAAUUGAAAACAUUUUCGGAACAUUUUUAUGACACUCAAAAUCCCGUCAGUAAUGUCGCCCUUAGUCUGCGAUCCUUUCCUCCCUUUAUCUCCACUCGUCCUUUGCAGGAAGGGAGGGAUAAUACAUUUAUUUUCAGUGUUGGAUCACAUGGAAACGAGACGCGCAGUGGUGCUAGAUAUAUUGUACGGUAUUCAAACCUCAAGUUUACCAGAAGAGACAGCCAAACGCUUUAAGAAAAUAGUACGCCUCGUCUCAUUCAAAAUAAGAGUACCAGCCCAACCUCUGGCCUCUUUCAACUGACUGCAUUGAUGGUGGAAAUGAAAACGUGUCACGUGUUAAAAGUAGAGAAAGGUUAAUUAGAUCCACUUCGCAAUUAAUCCGCUUACAUCUUGCGACCCCGAAAUCUUAAAGAUGUUACAUUUUACCGGAGUUUCCAUCUCCUCCGCACGUUAUGUUUCGUCCACAAUGCAAAUAUAUUGCUAAAAAGGUUGGAAACAUCUACCAUGAGUAGUUUAAGAUUCGCUCAAGUAUCCCAUUUGUCUCACCAGUACCUGUUCCCUUACUCGAUUCAAAACUUAUUAUAAUAGUAUAUCUCAAAUCACAUCCCCCUCUUUCAAAAUCCAACAUGCCAGCAAGGGGCCAGCUUUAUAAAUUUACUUGAAUGUGUGGUCGUUUAAAAAAUUUUGGUAGAUAGAAAACAAACUGACGACGCGCUCAAAAUCACCUGAAAGAAAACAGCCAUCUUGAGCUGAAAUGGAGGCAUCGUCGUCACUAUCUGAAGGCUAAGAGAGGGCUGGAGCCUGAAGGCUAUUAAAGAAGUGGUCUCCCUGUGGUCGAUUCUUUUCUUAUCAACUCUUGGUCAUUAUUGCUACUUGUUCUUAUUGAGUUAUUAACUGAAAACCAUCUCUGUUUUUACAGGUAGCUACACUUUAUGUCUUAUCUCACAGCAAAAUAUCAUCGUUUAUUUCGUCUUUUUUCUUCCUACCCUUAAACCCUGCCUCUAUUCGCUUUCCUAUUCCGGUUCCGGUUCCUGUUGCCAUUCCCUUUCCUGUUGUGAAUUCCGAAUGUCUGUUUCCUAGCUUUCCAGACAUCCACUUUAAAUUGUCCUCAAUGAAAGUUGUGCGAUGAAAGUUUAAUUCUGUUAAGUAUAUAUUUCCUGACAGAUAGAACAAGAAAAGACUUGAAGCAGAUCAAUGAGAUGCUGAAGACUUCGGUCUCUGCGCCCAAAGAGGAAGGUCAGUUUCCCCAAACUGUAGCCCGCUAGAAAUUUAAAGUAUCCGUCUAAAAGAACUGUUAAAGGCAAGUAUUACUGAUCGAUCGGUGAUCGUUUGUCUCACAGGUGACGCUCCCGGGCUCGUCCCAAAAACCGUUGAAAAAAUAGAUGGAGGUUAUAGGUGACCGUGAGUCCUCAAACACCCUAACCUAAAGUUCAUAAACAGUAGUCCUUUUUCCCUGCUUUUCGCAAUUUUCAGUGGUCUGCUAACCUUUGCCCUUAUUGAAGCUCCCCCCUCCCUCCCCGCCACCCCCACCACUAGUUUGGAAUGUUUUACGCUUGCUUUCGAGGCCUAGCACGUUGGCUAAAGGAGAUAAUUAAUAAAAGCUAAGUUUUGUCUAGCAAUCGCCUUUUCCAGGCUUUGUUAUACCUGUAGUUCAAUUUAUUUGUUUGAGGGACUUGGAAACUAGCUACCAAUUUUAAACAAAAUAAUAUCUACAACAAAGCUUGGUUCUCAUUUAUUCUCAACAGUUGAUUUGGUUGUCGACCAUAUUGAAAUCAUUCGCCAGAAGUACAAACGUCAUGAGGGAUGGCUCGCACCCUUUCCUUGGUGCGAAGACUUUCAGUUCCAACUAAGCGAUAUUUAUACACGGCUUCGUAUGGUCAACAGAGAGAAAAAAGCGAGAGCAACAGCAGAGCAAAGAGUUGUUGAAACGACUGAAAUCUUCAAUCCCCACGAAGAAUGCAAACAACCUAGAAAAGUGUUGAUUGAAGGAAUGCCAGGCAUGGGAAAGACGACAUACUGCAAUAAGGUUGCUUACGACUGGGCUAUAAACAUAAAAAAGAAGGAGAUUGCUGUCCGGAAUUUGAGAUGGUGCUCUUGCUGAGAUGCCGUGAUGUCGAGAUCGAGUUCGACCUUUGGGAAGCCAUUGACGAUCAGCUUUUACCAAGUGAAAUUCAACGAAAGGAAAGAGAGAAAUUCUUUGAGUUCAUCCAGCAAAAUCAAUCAAAGGUUUUACUGAUACUUGACGGAUUAGACGAGUUACCCUCGAGCAAACUGACGGACUUUACAGACCUCAUACAAGGUAAAAUGCUUCCUCAAUGUCACCUUGUGGUUACAGCGCGACACGAGGCAGGGAUACCUAUGAGAAAGGUUUGUGACACUCUGCUAGAGAUGGAAGGUUUCACUUAUCAAGAUAGCAAAGAAUAUAUUCACAAAUAUUUUGCCGGUAAGGAAGAUUUGGCCGAAAAGCUAUUGGAUAAAAUACAGAAUGAAAAGAGGCUUAAAGAGAUGACGGCGAAUCCAUUAAACACUGCACUGCUUUGCCUUCUUUGUGAAGACUUUCAAGGUAUUUUUCCUGACAGCAGAACUCAGUUGUAUAUGGAAAUAGUACAUUGUGUUCUCGUUAGAUACAGGAAAAAGAAAGGUCUUCCAGUCGAAAAUGAGGAUCUGAUUAAAAUCUACAACGACGAGUUGAAACUCCUUGGCUUGCUAGCUUUAAACGGCCUGUAUGAAGACAACAUGUACUUUGAGGACAAAAAGCUUGCAAAAAAAGAUGCCGACUUACCUGGAUUUGGAUUUCUAUCAGCUCAACCUGGAAGCAGCAAACGAAGACCGUGUAUGUGCUACGGCUUUACGCAUAAGAGUUUUCAAGAAUUCUUCGCGGCACAUUGUCUUUGUUGCCAACUUGUUAGCAAAGAAACCAGUCCUGAAAUAUUGGUCACUGACACCAGAUAUUUCGGAGAGCUAAGAGAGGUGUUGAAAUUUACCUGUGGUCUCCUAGCAGUAAGAUCCAAAGAAAUUGCAGACGCUCUUAUCAUCAGUAUAACGAAUAAAUUAAACAACGAAAACGUGAAAAACUAUUUUCCUGUGGCAGUGGAUUGCAUUAAAGAAAGCAAAAUUGAAAGCGGUAAUUUUCACAUGGAACUGGCCCGUACCUUUGGCACAUGUCUGGCACUUCAACAUGGAGGGAUCAUAAGUGAAGGUCUAGAUGACGCUGCUGCAGCUGUGAUUGCUGCCGUGCUUGAAGCAAACACAACUCUGACAAAUUUGCAUUUGGCCAUCAAUAACGUUGGUCCUGCCGGUGCGGAGUCACUUGCUACAGCGCUAAAAACAAACACAACUCUGACAAAUUUGGAUUUGUCCAGCAAUAAACUUGGUCCUGCCGGUGCGGAGUCACUUGCUACAGCGCUAAAAACAAACACAACUCUGACAAAUUUGCAUUUGUCCAUCAAUAACCUUGGUCCUGCCGGUGCGGAGUCACUUGCUACAGCGCUAAAAACAAACACAACUCUGACAAAUUUGGAUUUGUCCAGCAAUAAACUUGGUCCUGCCGGUGCGGAGUCACUUGCUGCAGCGCUAAAAACAAACACAACUCUGACCAAUUUGAAUUUGCGUGCCAAUAACCUUGGUUCUGCCGGCGCGGAGUCACUUGCUACAGCGCUAAAAACAAACACAACUCUGACCAAUUUGAAUUUGCGUGCCAAUAACCUUGAUUCUGCCGGUGCGGAGUCACUUGCUGCAGCGCUAAAAACAAACACAACUCUG